AUGGUCACCCAUAAAAAGAAGAAUGGGCAGUGGGUUGCCCGUCGUGUAGAGAAUACACAUGAUGAUUAUGUGAAACAUCUAACACAAGCCACCCAAAAUGGUAAUAAUGUGGAUGGGUCGGAAAAGCUAAAAUUAUGUAAAGAAGCUGUCGGCGGUAAGUCACGAGGCCGAUGUUAUGGAACUGUCCGAAUGGCAGUCAACAUACAUUAUGGAGUGUCUUACUUGACACAAGUGACCAUUUCAAACUCGAAUAAAGAAGAGGAGAGCCAAGCCAUUGAGAUGGCUAGAGCAGAGGCUUCUAGAGCACGUGAAGAGGCUGCAUUAGCUAAUGCGCAUGCAGAUGAAGCGAAUGUGAAUGCAAGAGAAGCUAUGGCUGAGACAGCAGAAUUGAAAAGGAAAUUUGAAGAAAUUUAG